AUGUGUUUCGCCUGUUGCCGCCCGUGGACUUCGUAUUUUGAGGGGGACGACGAAUCUGUUGAGGUGUGUAGCCAUGGAAACGUUCAUUGCACGGAACUAGGACAAAUAAGAUGCCUACAGCAACUAACGGUUACCGAGGAAAAAGAUGGCUCGUUCUCAACCGGCUUUGAGUUUCUGUCUCAUCCCACCCAGGAACCAGAUGGCUUGUCAUGAACCGGCUUUCAGUUUCCGCCUCAAGCCUGAAUGAAGCCUUCGACUCCUGCAGUUGGUUACAAAUAUGUAAGUAGCUAGAUGAGUUGUAUAGCACAAGCAC